AUGGGAGUCCUGAGACAGCUAAAGGAGCUGUUAUGGAAAAAUAUCAUCCUCCGUCGACGAGAACCGCAUAUUUUGCUUCUGGAGAUACUUUGGCCUUUGAUAAUAUUCGGCAUCGUCGCUGUUAUCAGACAUGGAACACCAGGAGAUAAAAAAAGCACAUGUUCCUAUGCCGACAGAGCCAUGCCCAGUGCGGGAAUGCUUCCAUUCAUGCAGUCAACUGUGUGUAGUCUUAAGAAUCCUUGUGAAGCCGAAGAAACUGUGCAGCAACGUCAAACGUCAGCUUCCAAACUCACUUCCCUGGUGUCCGAUUUACAGCCUUAUCUAACAGCCAACGCGUCUGUACAGGCCCUACAGACAUUGGAAAGCAGUGUUAAAGUAGUAAAGGGAUUAAAUGAACUUCUUAGUCCAAGAAAUAGUUCUGAUGGAAAGAUACAACAAGGCCUGGUCACGGCUCUCGGAAAUGAUACGUUCACCGUUAAGAAUCUCCUAAAGGAUACUGCUAAAGUAAAACGUGUAUUGGUUGAGGAGCUGAAGAUUAUGACGCCUGAAGUAGCUGACGCGUUUCUAAAUGCAAACGUUGAUGUAGUAAAGGUUUUCCAAUCGAUCGGAGGCAUAGACCUACGUUAUAUCGUGUGUAACGUGGAUGAACUAAAGAAAUACAUGAUUUUUGAUAAGAGUGUCAACGUUGAUCAAAUUUCGGAGGAGCUCUGUGCUAUUGACACGGAGAAGAUACCAGCCAUUACGGAUAUGGUCCAGUCACAGCUAGAUAUAGCCGCAAUCAUAAGAUCGGCGAAAGCCCUCACAUCAUUGACACAGACGUAUGAAUUGGGAGAUGCUAUGGAGGAUAUCGCUUCAAUGGUAGACGUCCUGUCGGGAACCUCAUCUCUCGGGAGCAUGUUUUCCUCGAUGUCGAUGUUGCAGGAACUUCCUUCCUUGAUGACGAAACUUCCAGGCCUCGUCACACAGGUGCAAUCGUUUGAGGCAUCAAGCAUUGACGAAUUGCUGAUGUUCCUAGACCCCAUUAUACGAAAUUUCGCUCCAAAUUUCACGGACUGGCAGACAAUCAUGAACUUGGCAGAUCAAAUUAAAUCAGCGGCGGGCGCCAUAGGAUCAGAUGGAAAUCUGAACGUUACAGCAUUACUAGGUAAUGGGUUAGGAAAUCUCUCCAGUAUCACAAACAUGUUGGACAUCGAUCCUGAAGUAGCAGCACUUUUUCAGACGUCCGGACAAUCGGCUAACGACAUAUCUGCUUCUAUUCAGGCUGCAAUGGAGGGACAACCUAUGGACCAACGGUCUUUAGCACAGCAGUUGGACAGCCUCCACAUGACGAUAGAGAUGUUCGUGGGCAAAGACUCUUUAGACCAGAUGUUGUGUUCAGCUGACAGUGUCAUGGACAUGCUGACCACUAUGGUCCAAUAUGCUGAAGAUAUCAAGAAGGAAACGGAUCUAACGUUUGGACUUUUUAUGGUUAAUAUGAACUCUUUGCUGAGGAACUCCCAGGUGGACAGUACAGAUACAUAUGUCAUCAUGAACGCCAUUUUUAGACCACAAGUAUUGACGGCGAUGCUGCGAGCCCCAGAAAACUUCUCGGCUGUGUGUGAGCAUGCCCUAGGAGAGCUGAUGGCCGAUAUGGAUCCUCAAAAAUUAGCAAAUACGAAAGCUCUAAUGUGCGCAACGAAUUUCUCCCCAUUGUUUCAGACAAUGCGUGACACCAUCAAUGUUACAUCCAUUGAAAACGAGAUGGCAGAUGCUUUUAAGAAGCUUGGUAUGUCCUUGGAAGGAUAUAACUGUACUGGCGAUGCUCGUUUGACUAUGGAAGAACUGUAUCCGGUGGCGAUGAACCUUUCAACACGACUAUCAAAUCUGGCAACUCCGACCUACAUUUGGGAGCAAUAUGGUGUUGAAAUGGUCAUGGACUUCCCUGAACAGAACUGGAUGUGGAUUCAGGAAGUAAUCACACAAACGAUACUGAACAAUACCUGGUCGAAUAUGGUUACUAUGAUGGGACCUAUGAUGGAGGACACGCCCCUUUGGUCCAUGAUGGGUCCGAUGUUAUAUAAUGUCUACACACAAAUGGACUCUACGAUACAACAAGUUGAAUUCAUGGAAAAGAUGAUGGAUCCAUCCAGCGAUACAGGCAAGCUGAUGAAAUACGUCAUCAAUUACAUGCCAGAAAUUAUGACAACUAUGAUGAACCCCAAUUCUUCGCAAAUGCUGACGGAGGUAAUGAGCUCCCCAGAUCCUGUCCAGACAAUGUGUGAUCAACACACUCUACAGAAGAUGGGAAUGCCGGACAGCGUGCCCGUAAUGGACAUGGAAAUUGCACUGUGUAAUAUCAACUGGACUGAGGUUGUGGUCGGCAUGACUGCCUCGUAUGACGUUGAAGCAAUGAUGCAACAAGUGGCUAUGUAUUUUGAGCCGAAUUCAACUGUCAGAGUACCAGAUAAAUUUGAUUGGGAUGGAAUGGUGUCCAACAUGGAGCAAAUGCAGCAGCUAUACAGUGGAGAAAGUGCAGUGGCCGAUAUGAUAAUGACUAUAAAUUUUACACGUCUGGAACAAGCUAUGUCUACCAUGUUGAUGUCCAGUUUGCCUGACAUGACAAGAAUAUCUACAAUGAUGGAGUCAGCAAGCAUGAACAUGACAUGGGAAGAACUCAUAUCAACCAUUACUGGCAUGGGCAACCUCAACGGUGGGUUACAGCAGUCAGACAUGAUAAACAUGUUACUAGACAUGCUGUUACCUGGGAACUCGAGCACUGUAAUGCAAGAGAUACGGGCCAUGGAGGCAGUGUACACCAACCAACUGCAUACUUCUCUACAGUUCAUCAUCAAACAUCUCACCUACUUCAACAAAGCUGAUUCAGUAGAUCUGAGGGCAUAUCUUGGCUCAGCAGAGCUCAACAAAAUUUUGGAUAAUGUUGCCGCUGGUCCUGAUGUUAACUCUGUAGUGUUGGAGACACUUCGAGCAAUGAUGACAGAUACAAAUUUGGUUAACUACCUCAUGAACAAUUUAGACCAGCUGUGUACAAACCGUUCCAUAUUUGAAGGGAUUUUCAAGGUUCCACCUGGUAACAAUAUUGACCUUGGUCAAAUGUAUUCUUCCAUCUGUGGACUAGAUAUCAACAUCACUAAAAUGUUUGAGGAAAUAAUACAGAAUGUUGAUGGACUUUCAGAUGUGUUUGCUAUAUAUAUGUCACCACCUCCGGGGUUAGUGUCGGUAAACUACUCAAUCAUUAUGGCUGACCAGGAUACUGUGAACAGUCUGAUGGAGAGCCUCAUCAUGCACCCUCCUGUUAUUACAAUUGGGGGCAAUGUGAACUGGAUGAACAUAACACUAUACAUAGGACAGUUAGAGAGUUUCAUGGGGGAACUCUCUAGUGCCUUUACCAUGGAUAAUCUGGCACAGUUACAAGAACCGGGUUUGGACUCUGCAUUCUCUAGUUUGCAAUCCAUACCAGAGAUGGAGUCAAUGUUACAAAUGAUUAGUUUCUAUGUUAAAACUGCCAAGGAGCGUCUUACCCAAAGUAUAGAUGCCUCAGAGGAUCCUCUAGCAGCAUUGAAGGGCUUCCCCACUUUACAGAAAUUAAUGGAACUGGCUGAUGACAUUCCUCAUCUGUAUGCUGUUCUUGUUUUCAAUUCUAUAUAUCACUCAAAGCAGGUGAACAAUGUAUUAAUGGUGGAAUCCUGGGAGGGUUUCUGUGUGCUGAGUGAUCUCCCCCUGGAUGUACCUGGCUCUACCUUCAGUAUGAGUGACUUCCACACAGAAUUGUGUUCCCUCAAUCUGACGGCCCUAGAGACAGAAGCUGCAGCCUACCAGGCCAUAUCAUUUGGUCUACUGAAUUACACUGUAGAUGUUACAAGCACAGUGGUUAACAUCACCCAACUGAGUGAACAAGUCAGCGAGAUAUUUAACCUUCUUAUCACAAUAGAGAACAGCACGACUGAAGAGGAGAUGAUACUACCAAACUUUCUUAACUGGACAGUGUGGGAACAGGUCAACUCGCACCUCUUCUCAGUCAUUGCAGACCCAGACAGACUCAUGAACUUAGUGACAUCUACGUCCCAGAAUACAGGAGAACUCCUUAACCCUUGGAUGGCUGUUGAACCUGCCAUACAGGAACAGCUUCGGAUUCAAUCUAUUGUGUAUGGUAUAAUUGGCGUGUUCAUGGACAAAUUGGACAAUCUAAGUAACAUUACAAACAUAGUUUUUACUGUUAUCAAUUUUGAUGAAAUAUUAGCCAAUGACCCAGAGACUUUGAAACUGUGGACCAUUUUGAAAACACCAGGAGUACUAGAAAUAUUGGUGUCUUCUGCGAACUCCCCACAGUUUACCCAACUGCUUCUGAUGGAAAAUGAGACUGAAGCACUCCAGGUUAUAUGUGAUUCCAAUACCAACUUGACUUCCUUCCUCAAUGUACCUGGUGGUGUACAGGUUGAUCUGGGUCAGCUCCAGGCUGAUUUCUGCCAGGUCAGGUUUGAUCUACUGGAACAGGAGUUUUUGGAGGAAAUCAUGAUGGUUAUCAGUAAGUAUAUGGACAACAGCACAGAGUUGAACUGGUCGAAUGUCACAUCACAGUACAUCAGGAUGUCCCAGUGGAUAGAGAUUUGGUCAGUCAAUGCCCCGACACUGGACCUCCCCUCCUUAGCCAAUCUACAGGCGAUGCUAGAACAGCAGUAUGGCCAGGGUCUCGUAGAUUGGUCAUGGACUACCAUGUUUGGACAGACAAUGGGCCCUAUCACUGAUCCAGAUUUAGAAAAAGCAAUUGCAACAGUGAACCUAAUUUUGGAAGUGGUCAACAAUAGACUUGACCAUCUCACUGAUACUGUUAGUUUGACAACACUUCUUCGGAAUGACACUGAUGUGGAACAAGUCUUGCAAGCUUAUCUGAAUAUAGUUCAGUACAGCACAGACCUCCUGUCACCAGAUAGUGACAUAAAUGUAGAGCGGCUUUUACAGCUCAUAGAAAAUGGGAGUGUGUUGAUGUCUAUGUGUCAGAGUUCUUCACUGGCCACAUACUUGUCCAAGAGUGGACAGGCCACAAAUUUGACCAUUAACAUACAGACAGCUAUGUGUAUGAACCCAGAGGUUUUCCUACAGAACCUCCAGUCACAGGCCGAGGCUGACUACAUAGCAACACAGCUGAUGAGGAUUUGGAACAGCUCAGAACCUUUGAACGUGAACUGGAAUGAUCUGAACAAUAAUGUAGAAAAUAUGACGAGGCUUCUGACAACCCUACUUGAACAAGAACCAAUGGUAGACAUGGGUGCUUGGAACCUCUUUGGAAACUUUAGUACCCUGAUGCAGUCUUUUGAUUCCCUUCUACAAGACCCCUUCAAAUUACUCGAGAUGUCCGCAAGUGUGAAUCCUUUGAUGGCGACAGAGGUAGAUCCAGAGCUUGGUCCAUUCCUUGAUGUGUGGCAGCAAGUGUACUCCAAUGUUCAUUUAAUGAUUUCUUCUGUAAAGGAUGGAAAACCAAUUAAUAGUAGUUUGCUGCUAAGCCUAUUUAAUGCCAUGUCAUCACUGGAUAUACAACAAAGCUUGAUGGGGGAAUCUAACUACAUGCAGAUGUUGGAGGACAUUGGACAGCAUACAGAUGUCCAGGGGUUUGUUUGUGAUGUGGCUGCCCUUGAUCAUCAUUUUCCUGAUGCCGACACUAUCAGUUCAGCACUGUGUGGCAAACCAGCCAACACCUGGUUCAGCAUACUUCAGCAGACGUUUGGCAUGAACAGUACCAUUCCAAGUCAUUUGGUUGAAGUGCUGAAGACAGUAUUCCCUCAACACUUUAUGACGUCAACUGGUAUGACGUGGGGUGAACUCUUCAACCAGAUACAAAAUUUUACGGAAACAACAAUGACAUUAGAUGCAACCCACACUGAGAUGUUGAUGCAGGCUAUUCUUGGAGCCCUCGGAGACAUGACCCAGUCAGACCAGACGAUUGGCAGCUCCUUGGAAUGGCUGAAAAUGAUUGAUGAAAAUCCAGCAACUUCAGCUCAAGGACUUCUGACCUUCCUCAUGGAGAUAAACAAAUAUCUCAACCGACAGAUGCAGCUCCUUCAAGGUAGUGGCAAUAAUAUUCCUCUGUCAGUGUUAUUGCCCAAUAGCACCUUACUGGCUGACCUUCUGGAGCAACUGAAUCAUGAAACAGCAGCAGGACUCCUAACAGCAUACAUUAAUCCUGAAGAGUUUUUGGAGUUGACACUUACUGACAGAUGGACACAAGUGGUGUGUAAUGCUAGCCUGUUCCAGCAGACCUUUACAUUCCCAGACGGAACAAACACCCAGAUGAUCCAACAAGACCUGUGCACUGAUGCACAAAGUCAUCAAUCUGUAGUCACUGAAAUUCUUCAGUCACUAAACGUGGUGGAUGUUCUCACUGCUUUUGAUGACUGGAUCAUGGGAAGAACCCCUGCUGUACCCAUGAACGAUACCUACGUGUGGCAAGCUCUUCAACAUAACAUCGAGAUACUUUUAGUCAACAUGGAAAAGAUCACAAAUGUCACUCUCUCUACCAGUGGAUUGGAACAAUGGUUUUCACCCAUCAUGAAGGCAUUCGACACAUUAAGCAGACCAAAUCCUGAAAGUAUCGGCCAGACAUGUGAAAUGAUGCUGUCCUAUGUAGACAACACAGACUUAUACACUUCCUCCAUACAACCCAUAAUGUUAGGUGUUCUCAACAACAUGGCCAUGACUACCACCCAGAUGGCCAUUCAGUCUAUUGUGGAGGAUUCUCUAUGUGACCUGGCCAGCUGGAAUAUAUCCGCCCUGACAAAACGAAUACAGGACACAAACCUUACCCAGCUCAUCAUUAGUCUUGGGUCACCAGUCACAGAUGUAUCUGGGACUUUCCAGUGUUCUGCUAUGGUAGCAGCUUCAAAUGAUCUUGCCAAGAUGUGGAAUGAAAGUGUGGCGCGAAUGACGGCCAGCAGUUCUUCCUAUGAUUGUUUAGUCGGUAGCCUCCAGGCACCCCUCAACUUCUUCUCUGAUGCCUCGCAAACAUUUUCUUUGGUAUCUGAUCUGUUUGGUGUGCUGAUGGACCCGGCUAUUCUGUCUCUGGACGACACAGGGAGCCUGUUACCACUGGUGGAAUUUAUGUACAACGUCUUCAUGCAACAACAGAAUGUGUCGGUGAAGCUUGUGGAUGUUCUGACCAAUGCUGGUAGUUUUGAGGAGGGCUUGAGCAACGUGCUACAAAUAUCACCAGAGGUUUUGGCUCAGUUACUCAACUCAACGCUCAACAUUGAUGGGCUGUCCAUGCUGGAUCAGUCAGCAACAGACAUUGCCAAGACUCUGUGUGACCCUGACAAACUCUCAGAAGUGAUCUCCCUACCCCAGUUUUCAAAUGUCAGCAUUGAGGAAUUAAGCAAACUUCUGUGUGGACCUAAUAUAACAUCUACAGUGGAAGUGUUCACAUCCUUGUUAGAUUUCUCAACCAUCUCUUUCAUACUGUCAGACAGUAACACUGACCUAAGUAUGUGGUCCGUUCUCUCAGCACACAUUGCAGAAGUGAUCAGUAAUGUCCAACAGUUGACAAACCUACCGACCAUCAACAUCGACUUCAACAACCUCAACACACUCCUGCCCUACCUUCAGAGGUUCAUCUUCGACUACGGACCAGAGGCCUUGGUGGAUAGUUUGAAUGUCCUGGUUGAAGAUUUUAAAUCUUUAACUGAUGACGAGAUGGCUGUAGCUUUGAUGGCUGAUGCUCAGCUUAUCAUGACAGGAAUGACCUCUCUCAAGGUUAUCAGGAACUUUAUUCCACUCAACGUUGUCCUACAGCAAGUGCUGAAAGACUCCAACAGUACCAAACACUACAUGAUCUCUGAACUUGGAUUAAGUCCAGAGGUUGCUGAAGCUGUGUUGAGUGGAGCCAUUGACUACAGCGUGCUAUUGCGGUAUGACUACAAAGACUUGGAGAAACAUGUGUGUGACCCAAUGCUCCUGUCAGGCUUGCUCAAUCUGACAGCCUCAACUAGUAUCCAGGUGUCACAGAUCAGCACCGCUCUGUGUAAUCUUAGUGAUGCUCAAACUGUCAAUCUCACUGAAAGUCUACUACAGAACUUAGACGUUGGAGAACUUGUCGAAGAGUAUGUGAAAUCUGGAGUGAACGAACUGUUGAACUCUUUCAAUGUGACACCUGCUGAAGUCUCUGAUUCACUAACAAAGCUCAGUGCUGCUGAAGAAGAACUAACCGCAGCUGCUACAAUUUACAAAAAUGGAUCUGCUGACCUGAAUCUCAACAUUUUGGCAUCUCCAGAGGCUCUCACAGGGAGCUCACUGCCAUCAGUAUCCAACCUUCUGUGUGGAGAUAAUUCAGACAGUCUCUCCAUAACUGAUUCAUCUGGAAUCUCGGGCAAAGUAGGUUCCUCUAAGGAACUGACUGCUGACCAACAUAAGGAGAAGGAAGAACUAGGAGAGGGAUUCUGUAAGGACUUGUAUGUGGAUAUUAUUACAUCGGAAUAUGGGCCUGUUGUUUGGACCUACCUGAAGCCAUUGAUACGGGGUAAAAUCCUGUACAGUCCUAACACUCUAACAACUCAAGAACUUGCUUCAAUGAUGUAUAAUUCAUCGUUUGGAAUAUUGGAGGAUGUCCAGUACUACAGUCGCCUUUGGGCCAAAGGAUUGACUGAUUUAAACGAGCUCAAGUCAGAUCCAAAUCUCAUGGAUAACAUUAAUGGCAUGACAUCCAACACUCUAGUCCAGAGUGUGUUACAGUCUUUGACUGGCAUGUCCACGGACAACCUGGUGUCUGGACUCUCCUUGCUGGAUACGUUUAACCAAGAUGACUUGACCAGUAUGGAAUACCUAGCAAACAUGCUGAUAAACUACACGUCCUGUCUAGAGAUCAACAGAUUCAAGGGCUAUGACACAGAGGCUCAAGUUAUGCAGGCUGCAUAUGAGUAUGGAUCCACCAAUAACUUACUGGCAGUGGUUGUGUUUGAUAAUCUAGAAGUUAGUAACAGAAAAAAGAGAGGGGCUACAAACCAGCUACCAAAGCAUGUAUCGUACAAAAUACGUAUGGACCUGGAGAAUGUCAGGAACACUGUGAGGCUAAAGGAACGGAUGUGGAGGCCAUACCCAGAGGAUGACAUGGUAUUUGACAUGAGGUACACACGAGGAUUUAUACAGCUUCAGGACAUGGUGGACACAGCCAUCAUACGUAUGCAGACAGGAGAGUCACCCAACGAUCCAGUCAUCCACACCAAACAGUUCCCGAGUCCCUGCCACGUUAAUGAUAUGUAUAUGAAUGCCCUCAGUAUGUACUUACUACCAGUCAUGAUGACUUUGGCUUGGGUCGCGGCUUUGGCUGUUGCUACUAAGAAUUUGGUGUAUGACAGACAGGAUGGUCAGGAGGAGGCCUUGAAGGUGAUGGGCCUACAUGGCUCCCUGAACUGGUGUAUGUGGUUCCUGAGCGCCUUGGUGAUCAUGUCCUUCACCUCAGUUAUUUGUAUUUUGAUACUCAAGGCUGGUGAUCUCUAUGCCUACUCAAGCUUCGCCAUCCUCUUCCUAUACUUCUGUAUAUUCUGCUUUUCCAGUCUUAUGUUAUGUUACAUGAUCAGUGCACUGUUUACACAAGCUACACUGGCUGUGCUGACUGUCCUCAUGGUCUACGCUGCCUCCUAUAUCCCAUACAUGGUCCUCAUAGCCAUGGAGGUACAGAUGAAAUUCUGGCAGAAGAUCCUUGCUUGUUUGGCUUCCACCACUUCCUUUGGGUUUGCUGCUCAAUACAUUGCUCGCUAUGAGAUACAGAUGGUGGGCAUGCACUGGGACAAGAUUUAUGAAAGUCCAAUGCCUGGAGAUGAGAUGUCUUUUGCCUGGUGCUGUCUCAUGAUGAUCAUCGAUGGUGUCAUCUACCUCAUCAUUGGCUGGUACCUAAGGAGCAUCAGACCAGGAAAGCAUGGAAUAUCUCUGCCGUGGUAUUUCCCAGUGUCUCCAUCCUACUGGGGCUGUAAAUUUAUCUCAUCAAACGCUAAAUACAGAGCUUAUCAACAAGAACUUGUUGAGGAGAUGCCCACCAAUAUGACUGUUGGAAUGUCUGUCCAGGGCCUGUGUAAAUCCUAUGGUAAAACAAAGGCAGUUAAGGAUUUAACGGCAGAUUUCUACGCUGGACAAAUCACAGUUCUCCUGGGGCAUAAUGGAGCAGCUAAGACAACCACUAUAAAAAUGAUGACAGGUGUAUUGGAGCCGACUAAGGGAGAAAUCUAUUUGCAUGGACAACCUUUAUAUAAAUGUUCCAAGAAAAUUGGAAUAUGUGCACAGCAUGAAACCUUGUUCCACUAUAUGACUGUAGAGGAACAUAUGGAGUUUUAUGGCAGUGUUAAGUCCAGUAUGUCUUCAAAGGAGCUGAAAUAUGAGAGAGAACAGUUGCUAAAGCAGGUUGACAUGUGGCAUGUACGUAUGGUUCGUGUGUCAGACCUAUCUGGUGGGAUGCGGCGCAGACUCUGUGUGGCAUUGGCCUUUGUUGGAGGCUCAGAGGUUGUCAUUCUGGAUGAACCAACCAGUGGCGUAGACCCCAAUGGCCGACACUCAAUUUGGAAUCUCCUUCUACAGAGAAAGAGUGGUUGUACAAUACUGCUAUCCACUCAUCACCUGGAUGAGGCAGACAUGAUCGCAGACAGAAUUGCUGUUAUGGAUAAUGGACGACUGAUGUGUGUCGGCUCCCCACUUUUCCUUAAACAACGACUGGGAAGUGGAUAUCAUCUAAAACUCACCAAACUUGAUGAAUGUAACUGGGUCCAUGUCCUGGACUGUAUUAGAACCUAUAUACCAGAAGCUGCAGUGGUAGAGGACAUCGGAUCAGAGAUGACCAUCAAACUGCCAGUACAUGCUGGAAACAUGGAAAGGCUUUACAGUGCUCUUCAUAACCUGGACAAGUACAAGGAUAGUCUCAACAUUGGCAGCUAUGGCAUCUUUGACACUACAUUGGAAGAGGUAUUUUUGAAAAUUUGUGCUGUGGCUGAGAAAAAUAUUCCCCUAACGGAUGAGGUUGUGCAGAAAGCCAGUGAAAUGCAGUUCGAUAAUAGACAACAGAGAAUGUCCAAGAGCAGAGAUCUGCAUGCAGCUCCACAGAAACAUUCCAAGAGGGCUCGAGUCCGAGUGUCUGAGGGAAGUCAAAAGUGGCAGCAGUUUGGGGCCUUAUUGACAAAGCGUUUCCAUCACUACCGUCGUAACUGGAGGAUGUUCCUCUCAGUAAUACUGUUCCCGGUGUUGUUCGUGGCAGCAGCCCUUGGCUUGACACUUAUCAAACCUGAUGAGAUAGAAUCACCGUCCCUGUUACUCACUCCUGCUCUCUAUGGUCCAAACAGCUAUGGAUUCUACAGUGAUUCUGUCCAGACUGCACAAAGUCAGAAGAUAUCCCAUCACCUCUGGUCCAAUCCCGGCAUGAGUACGACCUGUAUGCCAGGUGUGGAUUAUGGAUCACCAUUUGUUUGUGAGGCAGGACAAACUGUGUUUAGCAGCAACGUCAGUAACCAGGCAACGUAUGAUGCAGCACAAUGUACGUGUUCUGAUUACCGCUACACCUGUAACAGCCACGCCCACUCAAUCACCGUACCACAGGUAGUCACUAACACCACCGACAUCAUCCAGAACCUAGGUACACAUAAUGUCACCGACUAUCUCCUGAAAACAUAUGAAGCUCAUAAGGAAAACAGAUUUGGUGGUAUAUCUUUUGAGACCACCUCUGACAGUACAUCUAACAUGAAGGCCACAGUCUGGUUCAACAACAGGGGGCAUCAUGCUUUGCCAGGAUACUUAAAUGCAUUGAGUAACUCAAUUCUGAGAUCAAAGAUCACACAAGGUGACCCUGCAGAAUACGGUAUUACAGCCUAUAAUCACCCCAUCCUCCUAACCAAACAACAACUCAGUCAGGAAAGCAUUCUCCAGAAUGCAGCUGACAUCGGUAUUGCCAUGGUGUUCUUGCUGGCUUUCACUGCCAUUCCUGUUGGCUUUGUUAGUUAUGUUGUCAGUGAACACAGUAAGAAAGAGAAACAGCUGCAACACGUCAGUGGCGUGGGAAACUUUCUCUACUGGUUUACCUCCCUUCUCUGGGAUAUGGCGGUUUUCUGCUUAACUGUUGGACUCGUAGUAGUUGUGAUGGCCAUCUUCAGGCAGAAUUCUUACUGGGCACGAGAAAAUCUGGCUGGUGUGGUUGUUCUCCUACUGCUGUACGGAUGGGCCACUUUACCCUGGAUGUACUGCACAGUGAAGUUGUUUAAGGAAACCACCUCAGCGUACAUGGUCCUAUUCUGUCUCAACCUCUUUAUCGGUGUGUUACUCGUGUCCUUGGUGUUCGUCCUCAACUUCUUCUCCUCACAGGAGGGCAUAAAGAAUGUGUACGACAUUGUGCGACGUGUGUUCUUGAUAUUUCCACCAUAUGUGCUGUGUGAUGGCCUGAUAGAGCUAACCUCUAACCAGGUUCAGGCCGAGAUCCUGGCCCGCUUCAAACAGGACACUUACGUCAGUCCAUUCUCCUACGACAUGUUGGCAUACAACUACAUAGCUUUAGCUAUUGCUGGAUUUGCCUUUUUCAUCCUCUUGUUCUUCACAGAAAUAAGAUGUCCAUCUCGUGCACGAGUGAAGAAAAGUAUUGAUGAUGAAAUUGAGGAAAGCAAUGAGGUUAGAAAUGAGAAACAGCGUGUCCUGUCCCAUCAAGCUCGCAAUGAUGCCCUUGUGGUCAGCAGUUUGUCCAAGGCCUAUAAGAGAGGACGCAAAAGUUUCUUGGCCGUCAACCAUCUGUCAUUUGGUGUACCAAAAGGGGAGUGUUUUGGCCUUCUUGGAGCGAAUGGUGCAGGAAAAACGACAACGUUUAGAAUGUUGACAGGUGAUGUUCUCCCUAGUGAGGGUUCAGCCACUGUUAAUCAUAACAGGGUUACACGGGCCAACCCAGCUAUCGGACAAGAAGUGGGUUAUUGUCCACAGGAAGAUGCUUUGGAUGGGUACCUGACAGGAAGAGAACUUCUCCACUGCCAUGCCAAGCUUCGGGGCAUGCCUUCUGAUCACAGAGAUUCUAUUGUGGAGGACCUAGUGAUCAGGCUGGGCCUGGACUUCGCUGACCGUACCGUUCAUACAUACAGUGGAGGAAUGAAGAGAAAGCUGUCCAUUGCUAUCGCUUUACUAGGUGACCCUCAAGUGGUUUUCCUGGAUGAGCCAACCACUGGUAUGGAUCCUGUUGCUAAGCGACUGGUGUGGAACUGUCUGAUGACCUGUGUAAAGAAUCAGCAGGCAGUGGUCCUCACAUCUCACAGUAUGGAGGAAUGUGAUGCCAUGUGUACCAGACUUGCCAUCAUGGUUAAUGGAGAGUUCCGUUGUCUGGGUUCUCCCCAGGUCCUAAAGAACAAAUACGGAGAUGGAUAUACAGUGACACUGUUCACCAACGGGCUGUCUACCAAUAUGAUGGCUCUGUCAACAUUUACACAGUCUUCAUUCCCAGGCUCCAUCAUCAGAGAUCAACACCAUGGCAUCCUCCAGCUCGACAUUCCUCAUUCUAAUCUGUCUGUGGCCAAUAUCCUGGAGCGCCUUGAAGCCGCUAAGGACACCUACAGCAUUACUCACUACUCUGUUUCACAGACUACGCUUGACAAUGUUUUCAUGAGUUUUGUGAGAGAGCAGAAUGAUGGUCUGUCACCCGAGUACGACAAUUACUCCAGUAGUAGCGGUGAAUCUGACAGUGUGGCUACCGGAGAACCCUUCAGCAAUCCAGGCUACAACAACUUUGCCUACUCCAACGCUGGAUUUACUGGCAGUAAGUUGGAUGGAUUGCAUGUCCAGCGUGAACCUGCUGGAGUUUUCCUACCAAAGGAAUCGUCUAUAUACCCAGAUUUGUCUACAAAACUGUAA